AUGGUUCGAGGUGGAAGUGUCGAUAGGAGCAUUCGAAGAGCAAAGAUAUUUGCUCUUACUAAGGGUUUCCGAGGUCGAUCCAAAAAUUGUUAUUCUUUAGCAAUUCGUGCUGCUCAUAAAGCACUUCAACAUGCCUAUCGUGGAAGAAAGCUGAAGAAAAGAGAUUUUCGAUCGUUAUGGAUUACCAGGAUUAGCAAUGCAGCACAAGAACAGAAAAUGCCUUAUUCCAUGUUUAUGCAUAACAUGGUUCGACUCGAAGUACAAUUAAAUAGGAAAAUUCUUUCAGAGCUUGCUAUAUAUGAGCCUCGAUCUUUUCAGGCAUUAGCUGAUUUAGCAAGGCGAAGACAAAGUAAGGGCCUUCUCAAUGCUCUCAAGUAA